AUGGCGAUAGAAGUUGUGCUCCUUCUUCCUCUGGAGAAAUCGAGGGGCCUCACGCAAUUGCGUGCUUUGCGUCAUGGUGAUGGUGAAAUCAGCUUCACUGCCAAAAAGCUGUCAGUGAAUGGACUGGAUCAGACAUUGUCACCCAUGGCUUUUGUGUCUAUGUCAGAAACACUUGUGAUUCUGACUGCAGAAGGCUGGCAUGACCUGGACAACACUGAAUAUGACUGCUGGCCCAUAAAAGAACCAAACGAUUACAACAUGAUUAGCUGUGGCGGCUUAGAAAUGGCUUGGGUUCAACGUCCACCAGAAAAAGUCACAGAUGGGGAGGAGUUCAACGUUACCUACUCUGUCACUGCCUCGGAUUCCUUUUAUGAAUAUGCCGUUAAAAACAAGAUUUUCCAGUUCAGUAAUGCCUCAGACGCCAAAAUAUUCUGCCUCGAGCGCGAAUGUCCCGCAAACUGGAACAACGCCAAUGAAGACAACUGCUGUGUUUACCACGCCAACAUUCACUCCUGUCCUCUUGCGCUCAUGAGAGGUGGAGGGAUUUGUGGUCCCUGGAUUCCAGAUGAUGGCGAAAUUGUAACCCACACGGUAUCCAAAGCUGGCAAGAUGAGCCAACUGCUCUGGACAUCAAAGGUGGUGCUGGUCCAUUUAGGAGUUACAUCGGUCAUUGCUCAUAUCAAAGUGGGACAGAUGCAUGCAGCACUAGAGUCCAAGGUGUUAGUAGUCAGCGCUCAAGUGUGUGGCGACAACAUCUGUGAGCUGGAGGAGAGCUGUCUGACAUGUCCUGCUGACUGUGGGGUUUGUCCUAUGUCCACAUCCAUCAAAGUGGCCAUUGGGCUUCCUGUGGCCUUGUUCUGCAGUGGUUUCAUCUUGAUGCUGGUGGUGAGAAUGUCGGUUCAACACUUGACAAUGAUUUGCAAGUCGAUACAACUUGCAGAUGAUAAAAUGGGACAAGAAACUUACAUUGAAGGAAGGAAUAGAUCAUGGCUGCAAUACCAAAAACAGAAAAUGAUUUGGGAUGAGAGCUGGAUCAUCACCUACAAUAAUAUCAUGUUUGGUAAAGUGUGUUACACAGGUUUAUGUAGCAGCACAAGUCUUCAGACUGUAAAGAGGAACUCCAGUGUGAGUAGAGUCACAGAUGUGACGGUCUGCACUGCAGUCAACACUUCAAACAACUUCAAACCACGCUUCAUUCAGGCCGGCAUCUAUGAUGGAAGGACUGUAGCUGUAAAACACAUACAGAAGAAACACUUUACCCUCACCAAAACAAUCAGAAAAGAGGUAAAAGAGGUCAGGGAGCUUGAUCACCCAAACCUUUCCAAGUUCUUAGGAGGUUGCAUUGAAGUUCCUUUCAUAAGCAUUAUCACUGAAUACUGUCCAAAGGGAAGCCUGGCAGAUGUGCUGUUGAACGAGGAUGUCCCCAUCAAUUGGGGUUUUCGAUUGUCUUUUGCUACUGAUAUUGCUCGAGGAAUGGCUUACCUGCAUCAGCACAAAAUGUUCCAUGGCCGUCUUCAUUCACGCAACUGUGUGAUUGAUGACCGGUGGGUCUGCAAAAUAUCAGAUUACGGGCUGAUGGCCUACAGAAAGGAGGACUUUGAGGACAUGAGCACCAAUUUCCAAUGUCAAAACGUCUAUCGCAUUUACUGCGCACCUGAAGUUCUGCUGAGAAUCAGCACUCGCAUGUUACCAAAAGCAGUGGCUGAUGAUCUUCGUCAGGGACGUACAGCAGAAGCCCAAAGUUACUCCAAUGCCACUGUAUAUUUCAGUGACAUAGUGGGCUUCACCCAGCUGUCUGGCUCCAGCACCCCUCACCAGGUUGUGGAUUUCCUCAACAAGCUUUACACCACAUUUGAUGACAUCAUCGACAACUACGAUGUGUACAAAGUGGAAACUAUAGGAGAUGCUUAUAUGGUGGUCUCGGGUGUACCGAAAGAGAACGGGAUCAAUCACGCUGGGGAAAUCGCCAGCAUGGCGCAGGACUUGAUCAGUGUCUGUAACACGUUUAAAAUCCCACACAAACCCACCACACAGCUUAAGAUACGAGCUGGCAUUCAUUCAGGUCCCGUUGUAGCUGGGGUGGUUGGCACCAAAAUGCCACGGUACUGCUUAUUUGGCGACACUGUAAACACAGCAUCCCGUAUGGAGUCCACCAGUGAAGCUUUAAAGAUCCAGUGCAGUGGCUCUACAGCAGAUCUUCUACACACACUUGGUGGAUAUGUGCUGAUGUGUCGUGGGUCUCUCAAUGUGAAGGGGAAAGGCGAAAUGACAACUUGGUGGUUGGAGGCAAAAAGAAGCCCCACAUACCCUUUGUUCAGUGAAGACGAACCUUUGGGGCUUCCUGUUCCUGUUAGCAGUUAACGCAUUAUUGACUAGAAUGUCUCCUUCAAGACUCUACACGGCAUCGGUCAUGCCUCCUCUGCCUUUAAGUUCUUUCAACGUCUCAAGCAACUUCUGCACGGAAGAGAAUGUCUCUGAGUGCAUUCUGUACAUCAAUCAGGAGUUGUCGUCCCUGUGCUUUCCACCAAUUUUCCAAAAUUCGGACAGCAUUCGUGAUCUGGAUGCUGUGGUUGCCCUAAACAACAUACAUGACUUGCUUCAGCUACACCGUCGAGCUGUUGGAAUGAUGGAGGAGCUGGAGGUGGAGCAGCUCAAGUCCAGCAGUGACCUCCACUACCAACAUCUCACCAACUCCAGGCUAAAGGACCAGCUUGAACUUUCGAAAAAGGAAAACAUGCGCUUGCAUGAGCGAGAGCGUCAGCUGGAAACAAAUUUAAAGACUUUGCAAAACUGCCUAAAAGAUA